AUGCCUCCCAAGAAGCGCGGAGCCGCAAGCUCCUCCGCACCGGCAGCGCCAAAACGCGGCCGCGCCUCCAAACUCGCCAAGGAGAACAACAUCACCGCGGAAGAAGAGAACGAAAUAAAAGAAGUCUUCCACCUCUUUUCGGACAAGAACGCCGACUUCCCAGACGAGAAAGAGGGCGUCAUUCCCCGAGGAGAUGUGCGCAAGGCACUGGUCGCCCUCGGCCUCCCACCCACAGACUCCCACGAACUCUCCGAAAUCCUCUCCGCCCUCGACCCAACCCUAACCGGCUACGUCCCCUACUCUCCCUUCGUCUCCAUAGCAGCAGCGAAACUACGGACGCGCGACGACGACGCCAUGGCAGCCGAGGUGGACGAUGCCUACCAGCUCUUCACGCGCGGCACGGACGGCCCGAUUACGCUGUCGCAUUUGAGGCGUAUUGCGCGGGAGUUGAAGGAGGAUAGUGUUGGGGAUGAGCUGCUUAAGGAUAUGAUUCUGGAGGGGAAUGGGGGUGCUGGGUUAAGUGCUGGGGUUACUUUGGAACAGUUUCAUGAUGUUAUGACGAGGGCUGGGGUGUUUUAG